UUUCAUUGAAAAUUGCUGGGAUAAACAGUCAAAUUAUAUAUCGCAAAAAUACAGGUAAAAUGAUAACUCGUCAAGAAUAUUUAAAAACUUUGGGACAAGAGCUCACUAAUCCAUACAUGAUAAAACGUCUCGAACAGCCAUAUUUAUCAUUCUGUCUUCGAUAACAAAUAAUAAAAAUGACUGGAUGUACUUCACAAAAAAAUAAAGAAAGUCUGAAUCCAGAUAUUUCGACGAGUGAUCAACAAAUCAGAUGUAAUAUUUGUCCAAUAAGAAAAAAUCGCUUUACAAAAAUGAAUUUAAUAAACAUUACACGUAUUGAUGAACAAGAAAGUAUAAAAAUCACGACUCAAAACAUGUUUAUAAAACAGACGCAUCCAUAUUUAAAUGGAAAAUUGAUAAAAACUGAAAAUAAUUUGUACUGUGUAGGGAAUUUCAAAAUUACACAUUUAAAUAUAUCAUAUAAUCGUUUAAGUGACAAUAUAUUAAAAAUUAUUGAGAAGAUAAUUCAGUAUCAACAAAAUAUAUGUUCAGCUGAUGAAGGAUUAGUUGAUAUUAAAAUUAAGGGUUUUGAUAAGCCGAAAUCAGAAAGUAUAGAUAAACUAAUGGAUACAAUAAGAAAACUGAAAGAACAACCUAUCACUAGAUAGUCAAAAAUAUUUUAAACUUUAUAAUGUGUUAUCUAG